CGGCACGUGGUUAUGAUAAGGCAAAACAGGAAGUCUCAGUCAGUCGCUUUGCCUCUGUGUUGGAACGAUGAAACUUCAAAUCCUCCUAACCCUAUUAAUCCAAGUGGCAGUAAUUGAAUCCCUCAGGGAGGUCUCUGGUUACCUUGGGGAUACUGUCACCUUGUCCUCAGGUGCCAACCCAUCAUGGAAUCUUUCCUCAAUAGAAUGGUCAGUGUUCCCAAACAACACCUGGAUUGCCACCUACCGCAAUGGGAAUAAAAACAUUGAACGGGUUGAUCGGUAUAAAGGUCGACUCAGUCUCAACACCUCCUCAGGUGACUUGAUGAUCCAUAAUUUGAACAAAGAAGAUGCCAUGGAAUACACUGUAGACCUCAUCAAUACUCAGAGACAAAACAAGGGAACCAAAACUAAGCUCACAGUGAUACAACGCCUCAACAAACCCAUCAUAGAGACUGUCUCCUGUGCAUCUGUAAAAGGAGGCUCUUGGUUGUGGCUGCGUUGUUCCUCAAAGGAUACAGGCGUUAGCUUGUCGUGGCAGCAUACAUUCCCCAGUGUUACGCUCUUCAAAAUGACAAGUCCUGAUGGCAACUCUGCCGAUCUUUUAGGAUUUCUGAACACCACACAGAACCAUGUCGAAUUCACCUGCACCUCCAGCAGGAAUAUGGAGAAGGAGUCAAGCGUCGUCACUCCAAAGUGUGGUGAUGACAAGCCUCCGUCUCCAACUCUGUCUCCGUCUCUGCCCAGAGAAAGAAAUGCUCUUUUUUUUUUUUUGUGGGAUUCCUCGUGGGAACUUUUCUGUUAGUAAUUAUAUUCGUUUUCAAAGAACAAAUCAAAGCUGCAUGGGGACACCUUCAAGGAAAACUGUUUCCAUCAUAAUAAUAUCAAAAUAGCUUGACUUUCUGCUUUGACUGUCCCAGGUUUUGCAGUAACAAGUGGUAACAUAAUGUCUCUUUUCUACAAAGCCAGAAUGACUUCACACACACAUGACACAAUAUAUUGAAUACAUGUACAAUCUAAUUCAAACCACUAAAACAAUUUUUAACAUUUUUUAAAACAUUUUUCAACUUUGGAAAUUGUGAGGUACUUUUAUGUAUUAAUAGGUAUUUGUUUGUGUGUCUAUAUACAUGUAUAUGUGUAACAGAGUUAUUUAGUGAUUCCACUUGCCAGGGUUUAAUCAUUCAAUACCAAUAGGUGUUAUUGACAUUCUGUAUUGUGAUUGGUCAGUGGGCGUCUCCUCUGUAUGCCCUGCGUGCCCAUGGUAGGUUGGAUCGCACCCAGUCAUAAGCACAUUUUGAUUGUUUCUUUUAAUAAUAUUUCAUUUACAUGCCAUGUUGAUAUGAUGAUGUAUAAAUACUUCCGUGUGAUGUAACAAUGGCUAUGUAUACACUGUUUGAAAUGCUUAUUUCGUGAAAUGUAAAGAAAGCUGCUAAGAAUGACUGGGUGUGUACGCUGUGUCCUACGUGGCUGACCAGGAUAUAAUUCUUUGUUCACCAGGUACAUAUUGUAUUUUUGUUUACACAUUUGUUUAAUUUAAUGUUGUGUUGUAAUAUUAUAUAAUAGGCCAGUGCACGAGGAGCGUGCCCAUGAAUGACCGUAGGUGUGUACGCUGUGUCCUACGUGGCUGACCAGGAUAUAAUUCUUUGUUCACCAGAAUAAAUCAGACCAGAUUGAGAUGCAAGUGUGAAGUCUUCAAUUAAUACACAACGCAGAGAUGAUAUUGGUUACAUAUUAUUAAGCUUUUUUGAUAAUUUCAAUGCUUAAAAGGGCAAACUAGAUGUAAUGUAUGCACUAGAUUGUAUAUUGUGUUUGUUGUAAACAAUUUUCCAAUGUUAUGUACCAUUUUGACUGAAGUAUUGUAAAUACAUGUGUGUGGAAGAGUAACAUCUGUAACUGUUUGAAGAUAUAUCUUACCAUUGUUAUGCUGAUGACAUCCAAUUAUAUUUAUCUUUUAACCCAGAUAGGCUC